AUGGCCUCUUUGGACGCUAUCAUGGAGGAGAAGCAACGGGAGUUGGAUGGUCUGAAGGACGGUGGUAAGCCAGCAUCCAAGCGGUUGGUCGCUGACCCAAGCAUCACCGUGGAUGACCUGGCAAAGGUCUUCUCGAAGUACCUCGAGUACAAAGGAUCCCGGGACUUGUGGUCUCUCCUCAGCCCGCCACCUGGCGGUCCAUCCCAAUUUCAUUGGCAUACACCAGUGAAUGGGGAUUGGACCGCCAAGGUGAGCGGGCUGCUCUUCGACCUCUUGGAUUUGGCUCCCAACACAAAGUUGCUCGGGACCAAGGUGAUAGCCGCCUUUCGGUUCCUUCAUGCCAAUAAGCACCUCAUGCUUCCGGAAUCCCGAACCCAGUCUCAUUUGGACAAGAUGGAUAUGGCGAUCAGGUCCUCGGCUUCAGUCGACAGCAGCUUGGGCAUGACUGCUGUC